AUGGCCAUGAACUAUAUCCAGGCAAGUUUGGAUGGCUCUGGGCACUUCUCAUUCUCAUUUCGAUACAUUGUAGCUCGAGAAACUAGGCGAGGGCACCUAUGCCACCGUGUACAAGGCGAGUCAGCGUCCAGACCGUCGCUCCGAGGAGCUCGUUUUUCCGUCAAAUAUGCUGAUACGAGUCUCGUUGGCGACCUACAGGGCAGAUCGCGCACGAAUAAUGAAAUCGUUGCGCUCAAGGAAAUCCACCUCGAUGCCGAAGAGGGGACGCCAUCGACUGCGAUUCGCGAGAUCAGUUUGAUGAAAGAGCUUCGACAUCCGAAUAUCGUGCGCUUACACGACGUCGUUCACACUGAACUCAAGCUCGUUCUCAUCUUUGAGUUUUGCGAGCAAGACUUGAAGCGCUACAUGGACACUCAUGGCAAGCGUGGUGCUCUCGAGCCGAAUACGGUCCGUAGCUUUAUGCAUCAGCUUUGCAAGGGUGUUGCGUUUUGUCACGAGAAUCGUGUCCUGCAUCGUGACCUCAAGCCACAGAAUCUUCUCGUCAAUCGUAAAGGCGAACUUAAGAUUGGAGAUUUCGGUCUUGCUCGUGCAUUUGGUGUUCCUGUCAAUACCUUUUCCAACGAAGUCGUUACGCUGUGGUAUCGCUCACCCGACGUUUUGAUGGGUUCUCGCACUUAUAGCACUUCUAUUGACGUCUGGUCGGUUGGGUGCAUCUUUGCCGAGAUGAUCAGCGGACAACCUCUCUUCCGUGGCCGUGACAACAACGAUCAGCUCUUGCAGAUUAUGCGACACCGUGGAACUCCGUCAGAGGCGGAGCUUAAGAAGAUGCAGGAGGAAUCGCCCGAGAUCCAGAUCAAAGUCUUUCCUCAAUUCCCACCCAUCCCCUGGAACCAACUUUUGCCGACGGCGACCCCAUUAGGAUGCGCUACUCACCAGUACUUUACGAUGCAGUCUCAGCACCCACUGUACUUGCAUGCGCCCGUGUCGAGUGGGCUGCCGAGUGGCAUGGCACCUCAGCCAGUUAUGUACGACCCUGUGGCGCAAGCGACCGCCCAAGCCCACGCGGCAUUUACUCAGCAGACUGCCUACUUGUACCAACAGCAGCAGCAACAGCAGCAACAGCAAGCAGCAGCGGCAGCCCAGGCAGCGGCAGCGGCACACGGAAUGCAUGCCCCUCAUGCUGCGGCGCCGCAGAUGCAACCGGGGAUGCAGCCAGGAUAUAUGCAGCCGAAUCCGUACAUGAACAUGCCGUACACGAAGCGAUAA